AUGGAUACUACGGUCGAUAUCGGACGACGCCUCGUCCAAAUGUUCUGGGACCCGGAGCCCACCAACGACGUCAUCCGCGAUCAGCCCGUAUGGUGUCUCGGCUCGCGUUACACUCUGAAUAACAACAACACCGGUCUAAAACGUGAGCCUACCGUUGCUACCGCACCCGACCCUGAAGAUUCGACGAGGAGACCAGACCCCUCCCCCGCCCAACUGCCCGAAACCCCACCCGACUCGAUAUCCAGUAGCUUCGAUGAGUCCUUAGCUUAUGAGGAAGCCCCUCGGGACGGAGGUUGGCCCCCAGCCUUCCUCGAUGAUUUCGAAUCUAGAAUUUGGAUGACCUACCGCUCCGAGUUCGACCCCAUACCAAGGUCCCAUGACCCAAAGGCCCUCGCUGCCUUAUCAUUCUCCAUGCGAAUCAAAACGCAGCUGUCUGACCAGACUGGCUUUGCCUCGGAUAGUGGCUGGGGCUGCAUGAUUCGGUCUGGUCAGAGUCUACUUGCCAAUGCUAUGGCUGUACACCGACUUGGCCGAGAAUGGCGACGGGGCGCGCGGGAAACAGAAGAAAGAGGGAUCUUGGCCUUAUUCGCAGACGAUGCGAGGGCUCCUUAUUCAAUACACAACUUCGUGCGUCACGGUGCGUCAGCUUGUGGUAAAUACCCGGGUGAAUGGUUCGGACCCUCAGCGACGGCUAGAUGCAUUCAAGUUCUGACUAAUACGCAAGACCAAAAUCUCCGUAUUUAUUCUACGGGUGAUGGUCCAGACGUCUACGAAGAUAACUUCAUGAAGAUCGCGAAACCGGAAGGUACCACUUUCCACCCCACCGUCAUCUUGGUGGGAACGAGACUCGGCAUAGACAAGAUCACACCUGUCUACUGGGAAGCGCUGGUGGCUUCGUUACAGAUGAAACAGUCGAUAGGCAUAGCUGGCGGUCGGCCGUCCUCUUCCCAUUACUUUAUCGGAGUUCAAGGACUCCACUUCUUCUAUCUUGAUCCUCAUUAUACAAGACCCAUCUUUCCAUAUCGCGAGGACGUCACGCAAUAUACUAAAGAAGAGGUUGAUACCUGUCAUACCAGAAAGUUGCGCCGCUUACACAUCAAAGAGAUGGACCCUAGCAUGUUGAUCGGCUUUCUCAUUCGCGAUGAGGAAGAUUGGCUAGAUUGGAGGCGUAGCGUGCAGCAUGUCCAAGGCAAAGCCAUCAUACACGUAUCCGACCAUGAUCCCGUCGCUCAAAUGAAGGAGCGCGGGAGCAUUAUAGAUGAUGUGGAGAUUUUGAGCGACGAGGACGACGCCGAUGACCAGGACACAGCCUCAAACGAUGAUCAGUCAAGGGAUGAGCAAUACCCAUAGCGUGGAAUGAAUGCUCUUGCCAUUAACGAGGUAUACGAUAAGAUAGUAUGAGGCGUUCCUGGGUUGAAAUGGUUUUUUUUCCACAGUGGCGCUGAGUCACGGCGGCUUUUCUCUGGAUAUAGAGCCGUCCUAACAAGAUGUAGGGCGAGUAGAGCAAGUUCAUGCUAAACAGAAGCCCUGCGGAGAAUUCGCGGUUGAGAGAAGCAUUGUUCUGAGUUGAAGUAGCAUAACACCAUGGAACAUGGAGGAGCUUGAGAGCGCUGGUGUGGUACCAAUUUAUACCAAAGCUGCGAUUCGGCCUGCUGCUGACUGGUGUAACCCAGGUGAUAAUGGUUGUGUCUUUCAUUGCCCAUAGUAGCUAGUUGACGUAGCCGCCACCCGCGCAUAUUAUAAUAAUAAAUAUCCCACGCCAGGCUCGUGAACGUAAUUAUUCCAUUCAUAUGAUCUAUUAAAUGGAACGAAGGAGAAAGCAGCCCGUUGGCAUCUCGGCGGAUAAU